AUGAGGUCACACAAAGGCAUACUACUAAAUCAAAGAAAGUAUGCAUUAGAGCUUAUAUCAGAAUUGGGACUCGGUGGUGCAAAGCCUGCAAGUUCACCCCUUGAGCAAAAUCAAAAGCUUACUACUGUUGACUAUGAUAAUCAUGUAGGACUCAAAGGAGAUGAGGAGCUAACAAAUAUUGGAGGCUAUCAGAAAUGGAUUGGAAAGUUGAUUUAUUUGACCAUAACCAGACCUGAUAUUUGCUUUGCAGUACAUGUUCUAAGUCAAUUUAUGCAACAUCCAAAGCAAUCACAUUUAGAGGCAGCUAUGAGAGUGGUGAAAUAUAUAAAAGGGGCACCAGGAAAAGGAAUUCUAUUGAAGAAGGGAUCAUUAGAAGAGAUUUCAGCCUAUUGUGAUUCUGUCUUGGCAGCCUGCCCAAACACCAGAAGAUCAAUGACAGGCUAUGUCAUUAAACUUGGUGAAUCACUGAUUUCCUGGAAGUCCAAAAAGCAACAGACAGUAAGUAGAAGUUCUGCACAAGGUGAGUAUAGAAGCAUGGCAGUUGUUAGUGAAGAAUUGAUGCCAGUAAAGGUUUUUUGUGAUAGCAAACCAGCUUUACAAAUAGCUGCAAAUCCAAUCUAUCAUGAACGGACAAAACAUAUAGAGAUUGAUUGCCACUUUGUGAGAGAAAAGAUCAAAAGUGGACUGAUCUCCACUCACUAUAUUUCUACAAGAGAACGGGUAGCAGACAUGAUGACCAAGGGCCUUGGAGUUGCUUAG